AUGCUCUCGGUGGCUGGUGCAGAUCACAUAAUCACAAUGGAUCUUCAUGCCUCGCAAAUACAGGGGUUUUUUGACAUCCCUGUGGACAACCUUUAUGCGGAGCCAGCAAUCCUAAAGUAUAUCAAAGAGUCGAUCCCUAAUUGGCAAACAUCUGUGAUUGUUUCUCCUGACGCUGGAGGCGCAAAGAGAGUCACUUCCAUAGCCGAUCGUCUAAACGUUGAUUUUGCCUUGAUUCAUAAGGAAAGGAAACGCGCCAAUGAGGUGGAAAAGAUGACUCUUGUGGGAAAUGUUCAGGGAAAAGUUGCCAUACUUGUCGACGAUAUGGCAGAUACAUGUGGCACAAUAUGUAUGGCAGCUGAUAAACUGGUUGAAGCGGGUGCAGAAAAGGUCUAUGCAUUUUGCGUUCAUGGAAUUUUCUCAGGACCAGCACUGCAGCGCUUGAACAGCUCGAAAUUUGAAGCUGUUGUGGUGACUAACACUAUUCCCCAGGAUGAAAAUAUGAAGCAGUGUCCGAAGAUCCAAGUUCGUUCUCAUUGCAUUCAUCUAUUAAAUUUUUAUAUUUUCUUAUGUGAAGCCUGGUGA